AUGAAGGCCCUGGCCUGUCUGCUCAUCCUGAUGGCCGCUUCCGGCCACGGGACAGAUGUCUGGCUAAGGGGAGCAGCGGCGGCGCCCCUCCCCGAAGAUCUGUCAGUGCCGGUGGAUGGUGGUGAUGACAGAGUCGCGGCCGCAAUGGUGUCUGCGGUCCGCCUGGUGGGCGGCGGCUCGCCCCUGCAGGGCCGCCUGGAGACCAACUUUGGCGGCACCUGGGGGGCGGUGUGCAGCAUUGGGUUUGAUGUCAAGGACGCCCUGGUCGUCUGCCGCCAGCUGCGCCUGGCCGGCGGCGCCGUCAGCGCCAAGUUUACUGUAGGCGCCCUGCCCUACGCCCUGGGCAACAUGCAGUGCCACGGGGACGAGACCUCCCUGGCGGGCUGCCGCUUUAAGACUACCAAUCGGUGCAAGGGCGGCAGGCCCGUGGGCAUCAUCUGCAGGAAUGCUCCCGUUGUCGCCGCACGCUUGUAUGACAACACAUACGAAAGGCCAGAGGGUGCGCAGCGCGGCAGGCUGGAGGUGCAGCUGCUGCGCCGCGGUUGGGGCACCGUGUGCGACUCUGCCGGCACCUUUGGCAAACGGGAGGCGACUGUGGCCUGCCGCACCCUCAACCUGACGGGCGGUGUGGUCCUGCGAAAGAGCGAGUUCCAGAACAGCGAGCAGUGCUGCGGCAUCCGCCCCAUCCUCAUGGGCAACGUCAAGUGCAAGGGUGGCGAGGCCAGCCUGAGCGGCUGCUCCUACACCACCUCCCCCAAGUGCACCCCGGAGCAGGAAGUGGGUGUCAUGUGUGAUGAGCCACCUCCUGUCCAAGUACGGCUGGUCAACGGCAAGGCAUCUAACAAUGGGCGCCUAGAGGUGCGCGUUGGCGGCAAGUGGGGCACCGUGUGUGGCACUGGCUUCAACCAGGCGGCCGCUCAGGUGGUGUGCCGUAAGCUCAACAUGACAGGAGGCAAGCCACGCUACGGUGCUGUGUAUGGCAAGGGCAAGCUCCCUAUCCUGCUAUCCAACCUGCGCUGCCGCGGCGGCGAGAGCGAGCUGUCGGCCUGCCUCUUCUCUGCCUCCACCAAGCAGUGCACUCAUGCCAAUGAUGUGGGCGUGGCCUGCAAACUUCCCAAGAUCACCAACCUGGUCAUCUAUGGCGGCGGACUUGAUGGCUUCCUGCAAGCAUUCGUGGAGGGCCAGCAGGACCCCUACUACCCCACCACCACCAUCUGUGCCGACGGCUUCACCGCCAGGGAGGCGCGCGUGGCCUGCAGGAUGCUGGGCAUGGCAGGCGGCGAGGUGGCACCCGCGGUGCCUGCUCCACUCCCCAUCGUGACGGCGCCCAAGGCAAUCACAGGCGUGAAAUGCAAGGGCAAUGAGGGGGACCUGUCUGCCUGCACCUACGCCAUCAAUGGCUUCUGCAAGAACCGCCGCGCCGCUGGCGUCAUCUGCGAACCUGCGAAGAUCACCCGUGCUCGCCUGGUGGGUGGCCCCAAAGGCCACCCUAACUGGGGUCGCCUGGAGGUCAGGGUGGGCUCGCAGUUUGGCUCCAUCUGCGACCUGAACUUUGGCGAUGUGGAGGCCGACGUCGCGUGCCGCCAGGUCGGCUACUCCAGCGGCCGGCUGGCCAGCUUUGGCAAGGGCUUGCCGUUCGUGAUUGAGCGGGUAUCUUGCUUUGGCAACGAGACGUCGCUGUCAGAGUGCACCUUCACCACCGGUGACGACUGCCGUCGCUACGCCUACCAGCCGCCAGACCCAAUGGGCAACCCCACAGGCACCCCUGUGGGCCUCUACUGUACAGGCGCCCCUAAGUGA